ACUCAUGUUUUUUUUUGUUCCUUGAAAUAAUUUUCUAAUAAAUUUGAGAAACCCUUAAGCUAGAAUUAAUUUUGUUGUGAAUCAGGAAGAGUAUGGCUUUGACGGUGGAUACAGCGGAUUUGGUAUGCGCCAUUAUAGCGAUCGGUUUGUUUGUGCUUUGUCUCAUCGGCAUAUUACCGGACCUUCUAGAGGAACGUCGUGAGCUAAUUCUCGAAGACGUGGAAAAUCGACGCCUCAAGAAAUCGACAAACCUCAAAAACUGCUCAUGCGGGGAUGGAGUGGAUCGGUGUCCGGUCUAUCAUGAAGAUCUCAAGGCACUCAAGAAAGAACUUGAUAAGUCAAAGUGCAAGCAUAUUCCAACCAUCUUAAAGGACCAUCCAUAGGGUUUCUCUUUACUUUUUUUACAAGUUUAAUUUCUGAAUGAAUCACUAUGUUGAUU